AUGGCUGUCACAGACUCCGAACUCGCGCCUCAAGAAGGCGUCUCUUCUUCCCCUUCUUUCUCUUCUUCCUCGUGCUCUGCUUCGUCGAGAGGCCGGGGAGGAUUCGGAUCUCUCAAGGGCAAAGGCACGUCGACCUCUGGACUGGACAGUCGAAACCCCCAAGUGCGCAUGGCCUUUCGCAGGGCGCGAGCAGAGUGGCGGCUCUCCCAGGCGCUGAAGCGACAGGAAGAGAGUGGCGAGGAGAAAAUCGCGGCCGCCGAGUCGCAGAGAGCUCCUGAGCAGGGGGCUCUGUCUCUCGCAGACGCGCAGAAGUUCGUCGAGGCAGAACGAGAAAACAAAGCUUGCAAGUCUCAACAUUCGGUCAAUUGCCUCGGCGCUCUGAGGGAGAGUUUGCUCAGCAUCGAAUGCCCGCUCGAACUGGCAGAAGCGUUCGAAGACGCACAGGUCAAAUGUCAAAGCAUCGCGAGCGGGAAAGAGAGAGCUGAGCAACGCCUAGACGAAGAAGCGACGUUGCGAGAAGCUCUUUUCGUUAGCACUCUGGACGACCAGAGAGACGAAGUCACGCGUCUCCUCGGUUUGAUGAGGGAACAGUAUCAGCAGCUCCACAAUGAAUAUCAAGACUCUCUCGCUCGCAUUCAGGACAAGAUGACGGCAGAACGAGGAGCUCUCAUGCAGAAAAACAAGGAAGAACUGGACUGCAUUUUUGAAGAGCGGCAGAACAUGGAGGAACACGACAUAAUAGAGGCUCGGCAGAAGCGCCUUGACGGCUUUGCAGAGGCCCUCGAGCAGCAACGCGAGAGAGACGAAGUCGAGUCGCUGGCGAAAAAGUUGAGGAAGGAGACAGUCAUUCAAGAACUAGAGAAGCACCUGGACAAGAUGCUUGCGGCGUAUCAACUGAACAAAGAGAAACUCGAGUACAACACGAGGGUGUUGUCCGACCGAAACAAGGAGAACCUGGCACUCGUGCUGGCGUACAAAAACCGCCUGAACAAAUGCAGAGAAACUCUGAGUGCAAUUGUCGAGCGGUUCAACGCAAUGAACCUGAAAUACUCAGCCCUCAACGUUCAGUGCACCGAGGAGUUUCGGCGACUGAGGUGUCAGUACAGACAAAUUCGAGAGAAGAGCUUGCACUUCAAAGCUGCAGACGAGCGCGUUUACCGGGACGUGUGGAACGCCAGUGAACAGGAAUCUCGCCAUUUGAUUUCUUUGAUUCACGAGGCAGAUCGCUGCAUCCACGAGCAGCAGCUCUGCAUGCCGUACACGCCCCCCUCUGAGGUCUCUGGAGGCCAGGGAGUCUCUCCAGACGAAGGUGGAGAAGGCGCUGAUCUAUUCUCCGAGGCGGCGACAACGACGUUUCGGUCGGCCUCUUCUUCUGGGAAGGACAACAGCUCCUUUCCCCGGGGACAGCCGGCGUCUUCCGCCUCGGGGGGGAGAAGCCGCUCGAAGGAAGACAGCGAGAGGCUCACUGGGGAAAGUGGAACUGCGACCAAGUCGCUCUUCUCUCCAACAAAAGUCAAGAAAGUGAUCGAGCUACUCACUGACGCAUGUCACUUCCUAUCAGGUCCAAAGAAACAAGCGUGUGAAGAAUUGACAGACGAGGAGCAACAACUUCUCGACGCAGACACCAUUCUGAAGAAUGUGGGCGUUGAGAGUCAGGACGACCUCGACCUUCUCGUCUCCAUCUUCUACCAGGGUCAAGACGAUGACGACGAGACGCUCUACGUGGAUGCCGACGACGUACUUCGCCUCCUCGAGGACUUCAUGGAAGAAAAGAGAAACCUCGCCGUCGCGGACGUUCUCCCCGACAAAAAAAAGAAAAAGCGCCAGCAGUCUUUAGGUCGCGCUGAAUCAGAACGAGAGCGACUAACGCGGGAGAGAAGAGAAGUCAAGCGCUUCUGGACAAGACUUUCAAAGAUGCUGCCGGAUGUCACCACGCGCGUUUGGAAAGCUCUCGACGAAGGCUUGCAGCGCUACCACAGGCUCCUCGUUGGGCGAAGCGAAACUCUGGCCGCGACACUCGCAGCUGAAAAACUCCACGAUUCUCUUUCUCGUCAGCUCCUGGCUUUCAGUCAAGCGCCCAUCAACACCGAACUCCAAGUGCCGCCUCUUGCGUGCGUCGAGAACUCCAUCGCCCCCCACAAAAAGAAAUAG